AGGAGCCCUCUUAAUUAGAAUCGCACCUGAGCUUCUCUUUUGGACUUUUUUUUUUCUUUUGGAGAGGGAGGGGGUAGCGCAGUAAGAAAAAGGGUGAAAUGCCACCGUUGCCUCUCCCCCACCUCCCAAAGGUACUCCUUCCUUUUUACUGCCCCCAGGCCCUGCCCUAUGGGGAGCUUAAUCUUAGUCUCGCCCUCAGAUCCCCCGUGCUAGGUGCUAGUCCCACACCUGCCCACACGGCCCCACGGCUUCAUUAGGAGCCUCCUGUGCAGCACUGGGGCAUAGAGAAGGGGAGCAGUCGACUGGGCUGGGCGAGGGGAGCCUUGGAUCAUGGAACCAACUGCAGGAACUUCCAAGGAGUCCCAGGCCCUGCUCAGUCCAACAGCAUCAGUGGGAAGCAGCCAGAAUGCAAUCCGGAAGAAGGAGCCUCCAGACACUCCCCCACAAAUCCGGAAAAAGACCCGCACUCUUUACCGUACAGACCAAUUGAAAGAGCUAGAGAAGAUGUUUCAAGAAGAUCACUACCCUGACAGUGACAAACGCAGGGAGAUUGCCUCAGCUGUGGGGGUCACACCCCAGCGCAUCAUGGUAUGGUUUCAAAACCGAAGAGCAAAGUGGCGGAAAGUAGAGCGACUGAGAAAUAAAACCAAUCUAGAAGCUUCUAACCCUACCAGUGCCCCUUUAGAAAGCCAUCAUGGCUCUGCUCCUGUUCUUCCAUCCCCUCAACCCAUAGUUUUGGAGCCUGAAAACUUCACUAAUGAAUUGGUGACUCCACCUGCCAAUUUUCUUUCAGAGUCUAAUCUACUAUUGACAUGUGAUCAACCAAUGUCUCUGAGUCAGCAGAGUGAUGAGGCUCAAAGGGCAGAGGUAGCUCCUCUACUCCUCAGCCCCCCACCUGUCCGAAGAGCUUGCCUUCCUUUGACCUUGGGUCCUGUUCAUACUCCACAUCUUUUACCCCUCCUGCUGGAAACACCCAAUAGUGAUUUUAGCCCUAAAGAUGGCUCCUAUGGAACCUGGGAAGCAAGCACUACCUCACCAAAUGCUUACAACUAUUCUGAGCAAAUGGAAUCCCAGUAUUGUCAUCAAGGCAACCAGUCCAGACCCUUCCAACUCUCCCAUUAUCCACAGCACCAGCUUUUCCACCAGUCCCAACACCACCUACCUCAAUUCCAUCCUUUCCCUUUCCCUCUCCCCAGCACACUGACUCCUCCUCCACCAGGAGACUCUAGUGCUGCUGCCCUUCUUGCUUUUGCUUAUGGUCCUGAUGGAGAGACCCCAACAGGAUUAUUUCCAGGCCCUCCAGCAGGGCAGUUUUUGUUGCAGCAGCCCACUGGGAAUAUGGGUCCAGUUACAACCCUACAACCUAUCCCUUGGAAUGACCCCUGCUUGCCUGAACUGUCAUUUCCUGGUUCACUCUGCUCCCAGAACUUUGGGCACCACCCUGCAGGAGGGAGCUACAUACCUGACUUAGCUGCCCAUGUCUUGGAGAGACAACCUUCACCAGGUUUCAUCCAGCUCCUUGGAGGGUCUAAAAUGGGCACUGAACUGCUCAGUGAGACUCAGGAAGAACUGUCUUCUAGCACUCAGGAACAAAUGCCAUUGCCAGAGGAAAUUGGAGAUGGAGUCAAGAACACUCACCUCCCCAGAGUUCCUAUUGAUGGAGAUAGUAUUCCAGAAACAAAUGAAGACUGAAAGAAAAGAAGAGGUUUCCUUUCCUGAUUGACUCCGGGACUUUGAGUUAUUUCUAUGUUGUUUUGAUCCUGAGAAGAGUUGAUCCAGAACCUCUGACUUAUGCAGUAAAGUUAUUUAAAUUAGGAUUUCUUUCUCUAAUUAUCUUUCCCCCAACUCAACUCUAAUUCAUGGAACUCAUGCAAGUUAAAAAAUAGCAGCUGCUUUCUAAUGAGACUAGGGUUUGUUUAGAGCUGCCUAAAUACAAGUAAUAGUUUUGGAGUUUCCCUUGUUGACCUGGAUCUUGGCACCUUUUCAAGACAACUGCUUAUUUAUGAUUGAGGAAAAGACUAUUAUAAGACUCAGCCUCAAGUUUGCCAAUGAGAUGAAUACUACCCCUACUUGUAAGACAACUUUGAAAUGGAGCAUAAGUUCUGCCUGUUAUAUUUUGUAGAAACAAAACAGAUUGUGUCUCUAUAUCCUACUAAUAAUAGUCCUCAUGAGAAUCAGAAUAAUCUUAAUUUCAUGGUAUCACAAUUUGAAUGUUGUGAAACAUGAUUGAGGGGAAAUGAGAGACUGGGGACAUCUUUCGUCCUAUAGAUAAAUCAUAACUUAUCUUUAGGCAUCAAAGGCUGCCCUCCCUCCAACUUUUAAAUAUUUACUUCCCUAAACUAGAGUGGCCUAGAUGUGUCUUCACCAACUCCAGUGUUCUAGAGGACUACAUCAAAAUUCACAGACCUUGCUGGAUCUUCAUGACAUCUACUAGACUUGGUACCAAUUAGGGAUUGGGGGGUUCUUGGUUCUGGGCAUAGACAGAAGGACAUCUCAAAAUAAAAUGAAUACUUUUUCACCCUACCUCUAUCAAAAGAAAAACUGGGCAUAAACCUAGGCAGGGCCACUGUCCUAUGGGCAAGUUUUACCCUUUUCCUUUUUAGGUGAAGUAAUUUUCCUUCCUCUAACCUAAGCCAGACUGGAGGGACUACUUCCUACAAUUAAGAAAAAGAAUAGUUACAUUUAAACUGUGGUAGGGGUAUGAUGGGAUAUGAAUAACAGGAAGGAGACCUCACUGGUUCUUAAGUUGUGGCAACUAUUUCAAUCAUCCAUUCUUUUGAGUCUUUGACUCUCAAAUUUCUAUAUUCUGUUUGGAACUGAAAAUCCCAAUUCUAGCACUUCCAAAUUCAGAGGCCACCAUUAUCUUAUUUCAGAUAGGAGAAAGGAUGGGAAAGGAUGCCGGCAGAAUUUAUUAGCUCAAAAUCAAAGCCUUGUCCUUUGUUAGUUAUGUGGUCUUGGGCAAAUGACAAAGCCUCUAGGUCACACCAUCUUUAUUUGCAAAAUGAAUGGGUUGGACUAAGGUCCCUUCCUUUCUAAAGCUAAAGAAAUGAAUAAGGAUAGAAGGGCAAUGGAGAGGAGAAAUAGCUUGAGAGAAGAUAAGUGGGGAGCAGGGAAGAAUAAGAGAGAUGGAUGAAUGGGAGAAAUGGUAGUCUAUGAGAUAAUGGAAAUGAGUUUAAGAGCAAAAAGGAAACAGGAGAUGGACAACCACAAAUAUUGGAUGAAAAAAAUACGAAGAAAGGUUUGGUUGUGACAUGGAAUAGAAAGGGGAAAAAAUGAAAGAGGGCAGAAAGAUGGGAGAGCAUGGAGAAGUACAAAAGGGAAUAGGAAAAUGAAUGGAAUAGGAAGACUGUGUGAGAAAAGGAAAUAUAUUUGAACAGUAAUAUGCCAAAGAACCAAAAAAAUGUUGUAACUGGAAAUGGGUAAAAAAAUGGUUAUUAUAAUAAUGGAAAAAGGGAUAUAGAUCAAACAGAAGGCUGCUUAAUAUCAUUUAGAUUAAAAAAUACUCUCAAAAUCUGUUAACUCAUUUAAUCCUCACAAGCAAAGAGCAUGUAGAACAGGUAGUCUCAUUUUACAGAUAAGGAAUCAGUUGUGUGACUUUGACAAAUGACCUUUCUCAUUGUGAAAAUGGUGAAUUCUGUCUUCCUUUAGCCUUCUAACCUCACCAGAUAAUAGAGAGAAAAGCAUAAACAAGAUGAGAUGAACAUAUAAGAGAGUCAUUGUGGAAAGAUAACACAGUAAUCAAAAGACUAGAGAAAUCUCUAAGACUUACUUGAAAGAGAAGAAGAGAUUAAUGACCAUACAAGAAGAGAGGCAUAAAAGUAUAAAAACUAAGAGUGAUGAAAAAAGCUAAAUAUGAGAAGGUGGGUGAGAAAAAUAGAAGUGAAAAUUAGCAUUAGAGAAGGAAAAAAAAGAGCAAUGAAAAUGAAGGUGAGUAGGACCUGUAAUCAGAAGAAAGGGUUGAGCAAGAAAAUGGAGGUGUCCAACCUAAAAACUGAGGGGACAUUGGUCAUGAGAAUUAUUUGCCUUACCCAGUGAAAAACUGGGUGUGUAAAAUAGAAAUGGUAUCUGUACGUGGUUUAUUUUGCCAUGGAUUAUCUACCCAGGGCAAGUGGAUAGUGAGUAAUAAAUGUAAUAGGAUAAUGUUGUUCAAUAAGAUAGUCUCUCUUCUAUCUCCCCUUUCCCCCAACUUCCAUUUUUAUUAGGACAAGAAUUUUGACUUAUUCUACUUCCCCCUGGGCCAUUUCACCCUCCUUAGGCAAUUUGAUGAUCCCCUAAUCUCUAGGGUUGGUUAUAUUAAUGUAAAACUUAGUAGUUGCUUUGCCCACUACAGUGCAGAACUCAAGUUCAAGCGAUCUGACAGCUUCAGUUUCCAUGGUAUCAGGGAUAACUGAUAUGUACCAUUGUUCUGCUGACUUCAGACAGUCAUUUAUAAAGAAGUCAUCUUAAGAAAUAUAAUGGGAAGUUUUUUUGGAGGGGAGAGUAGAAAGUUGGGGACUGUGGCUAAUGAUACAUCCAAGGUUAUUACAUCCUUAUAGGAAGUUGAAUUGUUGAUGAGACGUAAAGUCUACCUAUGCAGGAGAAAAUUAUUACCAAGACACACAUUCACUUGCCAAGGGUAUCCCAUAAAACUCUCUUGUGGCUCCUCCCUUCUCUUUUCACAGGGUAAUAUCUCAUUUGGUGAUAUCGUCAGUUCCCACGGGUUAUCUCCAAGCAGAUGAUUCCCAGAUCUAUUUCUCCUGCCCUAGUCUCUCUUCUGAGCUACAGUUGUACCUCUCCAAUUGCAUAUUGGACAUCUGAAACUAAAUGUCCAAUGGGUAGCUUGAACUUAAUAUAUUCAAAAAGAAUUAUCUUUCUGCCUUAAGCCCUCCCCAUUUCCAAACUUCCCAUGUCAUGAUGUGAUUGGUCUUCUAAAAGGAAGAAUGAACAACCAGACCAAAUUUAAUUCCUUUGUCAUAACUCUUCUUAUCUAAAUUCUCCCUAACUUUCUGGACUUUUUAAAUACCUAACUUCCGUCCACACUAUGAUAUAACGACAUUGUCCUCCUUGCAGUUCUUUGAAUAUGAUGUUCCUUUGCCUGUAAUAUUGUCUUUUGUUUUAUAUGAUCUUGGCACUUGGAUUAAAACAAAGAUCUUGGUUUUGAGAUUUACGGGAAAUUGGCAUUCAGGAUACUAAUUAAAU